UGGCUGAGCGCGGGCCAGUAGGAAGCUGCCAGGAGCGACAGCGGCGUGAGUUCCACAAUGUUUGGGAAAGUUUUCCCGUUGCUGCUUCUCCUAAGUGUGGGGCACGAGCAUGGCGAGGCGCAGAGGAAGAAGGAGACGCUGCUGUCAGAGAAGGUGUCUCAGAUGAUGGACUGGUCCUCAAGACGCUCCGUCAUCAGGAUGAACGGGGACAAAUUCAGACGUUUUGUCAAAGCUCCACCCAGGAACUACUCUGUGGUCAUCAUGUUCACGGCGCUGCAGCCACACAGGCAGUGUGGAGUGUGCAGACAAGCCGAUGAAGAGUUCCAGGUCCUGGCUAACUCCUGGAGAUACUCCUCUGCCUUCACCAACAAGGUCUUCUUUGCGUCAGUGGACUUUGAUGAAGGAUCAGAUGUUUUUCAGAUGCUCAACAUGAACUCUGCCCCCACAUUCCUCCACUUCCCAUCCAAAGGGAAGCCCCGGCGGGCCGACACCUACGAGCUGCAGGUGAGAGGGUUCUCAUCCGAGCAGCUGUCCAGGUGGGUGGCCGACAGGACGGACGUCCAGAUCCGGGUUAUCCGGCCCCCAAACUACGCCGGGCCGCUGCUGCUGGGUUUCCUCCUGGCUGUGAUCGGUGGACUGGCCUACCUGCGACGGAACAACCUGGAGUUCCUGUUCAACAAGAACGUGUGGGCCUUCUCUGCUCUGUGCUUCACCCUGAUCAUGACCUCGGGACAGAUGUGGAACCACAUCAGAGGACCUCCGUACGCUCACAAGAACCCCAGCACCGGGCAGAUCAGCUACAUCCACGGCAGCAGCCAGGCCCAGUUCGUGGCAGAGACGCACAUCAUCCUGCUCUUCAACGCUGCCGUUACCACGGGGAUGGUGCUGCUGUGUGAGGCUGCAACUUCUGAGCUGGAUGUCGGGAAGAGGAAAAUCAUGUGUGUGGCUGGCAUCUGUCUGGUGGUGCUGUUCUUCAGCUGGCUGCUGUCCAUCUUCAGAGCCAAGUACCACGGAUACCCGUACAGCUUCCUGAUGAAUUAGAGGUCUCCAUCCUCUCCCCAACCAGAGGCCGGGAGUUUCUCAGACCAGCCGUCAACAAGCAAGCUGUCGUCAUGGCAACACAUGGUAGCCAUCUGAAGAGGAGAGCGCGUUAAUACGCAGCCACAGUGCCUUUUUUUAAUCUGUUAAAACCUCACACCUCUGAUCUUUGAACUCAUGUUUGCCAAAGGACCUGGACGUCCGUGGUCAGUUCUGAAACGACCUCGUUGGUAUCGGAUCAUGUCCGUCUGAAAUCAGUUAACCCAUAAACCCGUGUGUUCUGUCACAUCUCGGAUCAGAAGAUGAUAUACAUCUGCAUUCAGAAGCUGUAACAAUUCCCAGGUUGUGUUGAAGCAGUUUACAUAUUUAAUAAACCAGCAAUCACAGUCGUCCAUGUUUGUUGGACACUGAUUUCCUUCCAGA